AUGGCUAAAGAUGCUGGCCUCAUAGAAACCAACGGAGAGCUGAAGGUAUUCAUUGAUCAGAAUCUGAGCCCCAGCAAAGGUGUCCUGUCUUUGGUGGCUGUCCAGCCUGCCACUGCGCCUGUGGCCAAACAGCUCCUGCCCAAAACACUGGGGCCGUCCAACGUGAAUAUCGCUGCACAUGCACACAUGCAACAUUUACCACACAUGGUGAUUGGUACCCCUCAGAGGCCAACAGUAUCCAGUACUAUACUGGUGAACAGCCCCCACACGCCCAAUUCCCAAUUUCUUACUCAGACUCAACCUUCUGAUGCCUCUCCUUGGUCGUCAGGGAAGCGUGGAAAGAAAGGUGAAAAGAAUGGGAAGGGCUUGAGGCAUUUCUCCAUGAAAGUAUGUGAGAAGGUGCAGAAGAAGGGUGUCACCACCUACAACGAGGUAGCAGAUGAGCUAGUAGCAGAAUUCAGCUCAGGCGACAACCACAUGUCACCCAAUGACUCGCAUGUGUAUGACCAAAAAAACAUCCGGCGACGUGUGUACGACGCUCUUAACGUCCUCAUGGCCAUGAACAUCAUCUCCAAAGAGAAGAAAGAGAUCAAAUGGAUUGGCCUGCCCACCAACUCGGCGCAAGAGUGCCAAAAUCUCGAGGUGGAGCGACAGAGGCGGUUGGAGCGAAUCAAACAGAAACAGUCACAGCUUCAGGAGCUCAUACUACAGCAAAUCGCCUUCAAGAACCUGGUUCAAAGAAACAGACAGCGCGAGCAGCAGGCAAAACGACCUCCGCCGCCUAACUCCAUCAUACACCUGCCCUUCAUCAUCGUCAACACCAGCAAGAAAACCGUCAUCGACUGCAGCAUCUCCAAUGACAAGUUUGAGUACUUGUUCAACUUUGACAGCAUGUUUGAGAUCCACGACGACAUCGAGGUACUGAAACGCAUGGGCAUGGCUUGUGGUUUGGAGGUGGGCAAGUGUUCUCCGGAGGAUUUGAAAGUGGCGCGCAGUCUGGUGCCAAAAGCGCUGGAGCCCUACGUGAUCGAAAUGGCAAAGGGCCCCAUUAGUAAUGUCUACAUCACUGGAGGGUCCUCAACUAAUGCUGAGAUUUGUCAUGGCAGAACAUCCGAUGGCUGCCCCGACGGCACCAUGGCGUCCAGCUCCAACGAUUCUCACUACAGUGGCUCUCGCGUGGAGACCCCCGUGUCAUACAUGGGCGAUGACGACGAUGAGGAGGAGUAUGACGAGAACGACGACGAAGACUAA